UUGUCUGCCUACACUUGGUCUAACUCUGUUGUCACUGUAGCUUAAAAAUUGAGCUCACGGCGAUGAUUGUCCUGACCACUAUCAAUCUUCUUAUAUAGCACAUCCCGAAGCUAUAAAAUUUUGUUUUACGGGUAUUCAAAUUUCUCUCUCAUUGAAUGCAAAUUUGUCACCACAAUCAUAUAUCACACAUCCCCAAGCUUUCAAAUUUCGUUUUAGGUAUAUUUUAAUUUUUCCCUCAUUGAAUCCAAGUAUGGCAUUGAUUCCCGUAUCAAAUUUCGCUGCUCAUUCUAGGAAUAUAAAACCACAGUACCUAUCUAUAUAUAGGGACGUUCAGUCCGAACUGAGCUCCUACAAGGCCGCGUGUCAAGACGACCCAUUUCUCAAGUCAUUCGAUUGUACCCUCCAAAAAAACACCAACGGAGCCAUCAACACCCUCGCAGAUGGCAUCAAGGGUCAGUCAUCCCCCGUGACAUCACUGAAAAAGAUCACAGACUGCUUCGUCGAUUCGAAUCGACAAGUCGUGAAACUCCUCCUCCAUUGCAAAACUGACAUAUCAAAGAAUGAUGGCAUGCGAGAUCUUGUGAAGGAGUACUUCGAUUACAGUGGUGAGAUUUUGAAUCUCUGUGAUAAACUCCAGGAAUGCAUCACCCGCGCCAAAGACAGCCAAUUUCCGAUUCAAGCCGCUCUAGACCAUUAUAAGGAAGCAAAGAGAGACAGGAUCGGUGAUAGGACGGAAGUCUAUUCAAAGACGCUAAAGUCGUUGCAGAAAUACAAAACGGAAGGUAACCUUUUUACGGAAGAGUUGUCCUCCCUGUUUGAUUCUGUCUAUAAAACUGAACAGUCAAUGUUAGAGAAAUUUCGAGUGAAGAAGACUGAGCUUGAUAACAAGUUGAAGUCAGUGAAGACUUGGAGGACUGUAUCGCAUGUAAUUUUGGGGGUGACUUGUGCUUCUCUUCUGAUAUGUUCUCUUGUGGUGAUGGCAAUUUGUGCACCUCCGGCUGUGAUGGCCUUGGGGGCUGCCAUCAUCCCGGCUGCCGCUGCAGGGUUGGAGGAAAUGGGUGGUGGAUGGAUUGAUUACUAUUUGAUGAAGUAUGAGAAUGAACUGAAAUCACAGAACGAGAAAAUAAGUUCAUUAGAAUCGUCCACUCUCGUGUGGAAAACCGACUUGGACCACAUUGCAUCAGAUGUGAAAAAUGCGAAAAAUAAGAUUCAGUCAAUGUUGCAUAUUGCUGAGUUUGCUCUUAAUGAAGAGGCUUCUGUGACGCUGGUUAUGGAAGAGAUCAAGAUGAAGAUGAUUGGGUUUAUGGAAACCAUUACGGAUUUGAGUGAACAUACUGAUACAUGUAGACGUCAUGUGAUACAUGACAGGAAGGAGUUCUCGGAGAAUAUUAUCAAAUUACGCAAGGAGAAGUGAAAUAACACCUUAGCUCUGCAACUCAUGUGAUGUAAUUCUCAUGGCCGGAAAGCCUUUAAAGAGACUUGAGAGUGGUUUUUAAUGUAUUUUAUGUGUGAAAUAUUUAUCUCUGUUUUAAGACUUUUGUACUUUGGUUUGGAAUAAUGUAAUUUGGUUUGUUUAGUUUGGUGCCAUGAAAGAAUAAUGUAAUUUGGAUUGUUAAGACUUGAGAGUGGUUUUUAAUGUAUUUUAUGUGUGAACUAUUUAUCUCCGUUUUAAGACUUUUGUACUUUGAUUUGGAAUAAUGUAAUUUGGUUUGUUUA